CCAGUUUCCGCGCGCCUCUUUGGCAGCUGGUCACAUGGUGAGGGUGGGGGUAAAGGAACCGCUCUAGCUUGCGUCCAGUGUCUAUGGUCAGGCUCUUCGUGUCCAGCUGCUUGGGACAGAGCUCGCGUGUAUGGCGCCUCAGGACCUGGCUCCAGGACUUCGAUAACGGGCCGCCUCAUUAGCUCCUGGUCUGGGGUGAGGGUCUUCCCUGAUCUAAGAAUGGCCACUCCUCGAUAUGAGCCAGUAGCUGAGAUUGGCGUAGGUGCCUAUGGGACGGUGUACAAAGCUCGCGAUCCCCACAGUGGCCACUUUGUAGCCCUCAAGAGUGUGAGAGUCCCCAAUGGAGAAGGCACUGGAGGGGGCCUUCCCAUCAGCACAGUUCGUGAGGUGGCCUUACUUAGGCGGCUGGAGGCUUUUGAGCAUCCCAAUGUUGUCCGACUGAUGGACGUCUGUGCCACAGCCCGAACUGACCGGGAAACCAAAGUGACCCUGGUGUUUGAACAUGUGGACCAAGACCUACGGACCUAUCUAGACAAAGCACCCCUACCAGGUUUGCCAGUGGAGACUAUCAAGGAUCUAAUGCGCCAGUUUCUAAGAGGCCUUGAUUUCCUGCAUGCCAAUUGCAUCGUUCACCGAGACCUGAAGCCAGAGAACAUUCUGGUGACAAGUGGUGGGACAGUCAAGCUGGCUGACUUUGGCCUGGCCAGAAUCUACAGCUACCAGAUGGCACUUACACCUGUGGUUGUUACACUCUGGUACAGAGCUCCUGAAGUUCUUCUGCAAUCUACAUAUGCAACCCCUGUGGACAUGUGGAGCGUUGGUUGCAUUUUUGCAGAGAUGUUUCGUCGAAAGCCACUCUUCUGUGGAAAUUCAGAAGCUGACCAGUUAGGCAAAAUUUUUGACCUGAUCGGGCUGCCCCCAGAGGAUGACUGGCCCCGAGAUGUGUCCCUACCACGAGGAGCCUUUUCCCCCAGAGGGCCCCGCCCAGUGCAGUCUGUGGUACCUGAGCUGGAGGAAUCUGGAGCACAGCUGCUGCUGGAAAUGCUGACUUUUAACCCACACAAGCGAAUCUCUGCCUUCCGGGCCCUGCAGCACUCUUAUCUACAAAAAGGAGAUGGAAAUCCGGAGUGA